CGGCCCGUCCAUCUUUCUUGAAGGCAAGAAGGCUCCCCACUACCUCCCCUCGGUUUUGUCUUCCCUCUAAAAACCCACCUUCAGCGGCCAUCUUAUUUGAGGGCAAGUGGACGGUGAGACCAGAGAAGCCAGACUGGCGCCAUGUUCGAUAUGAUGGAGGGACGGCGCCCUUAAGAGCAAUCCUUGACAACUGAACCCAGGAUGUCGCCAUAUUUUCUGAAGGCACCUUCCGGGUCCCUCAACCAGGGUGUCUAUGGCCAAGCUGCCAAGAAAUGAAUAAACACCGAGGGAGUUGGUUUGUCCCUAUGAGAAUCCCUGAAUCCCUAGCAGAUAGUCUCUGCUACUUCGGUUCCCUGGGCUGCGUUCCGACGCCUAGGCUGGGAGGGGCCGUGGCCUGGGGAGCCGUUCCUGCAGAGGACCAAAGCUGAUCCGGGAGCGGGGAGGCGGUGGCCCUGGGGACAAGGUGGCCACAGCGCGGGGCUGGAAGGCCCCAUGGCGCCGCCCCCAGCCCUGCUCCAGGCACUCACAGCUGGGGAGACCCGGCCUGGUUGCAAGAAGCCCGGGUCCGUGAGCUUCGCGGACGUGGCCGUGUACUUCUCCUCGGAGGAGUGGGGGUGUCUGCGGCCGGCGCAGAGAGCCCUGUACCGGGACGUGAUGCGGGAGACCUACGGCCACCUGGGCGCGCUCGGAUUCCCAGGCCCUAAACCAGAUCUCAUCUCUUGGAUGGAACAAGAGAGUGAGGCUUGGAGCACCGACGCCCAGGAUCCUGAGGAGGGGGAAAGCGUGGGAGGAGCUCUGAGAGGAGACUCCCCAAACAAUAAGGAAGAGGAACCAAAAGAACUACCAGGAGCCACGGGACCCAGAAAGACUCCUGGGAAGCAUAGGCCUGAGGAGCUGGUUAAACAUAACCCUGACUCAGUCGUGAUCAAGACCUCAGCACGACCACAACCACCCACAAAAACGACCUGGGACCAGAGCACAGUUGCGCAGCCCCCAGUUCCGGUACCCGGAGUGAGCUCUCAAGACAGCCAGCGGCGCCAUGUAUGUGCAGACUGUGGUCGCCGCUUCACCUACCCAUCGCUGCUGGUCAGCCACCGGCGCAUGCACUCUGGUGAGCGGCCCUUCCCUUGCCCGGAGUGUGGCAUGCGCUUCAAAAGGAAGUUUGCGGUGGAAGCACACCAGUGGAUCCACCGCUCCUGCUCUGGGGGGCGACGGGGCCGGAGACCUGGAAUCCGGGCUGUGCCUCGAGCCCCUGUUAGGGGUGACCGGGACCCACCCGUGCUAUUCAGGCACUACCCGGACAUCUUUGAGGAGUGCGGAAAGCAGGACGCCUGCUCCGGCACAGGUAGCUGUUGCGGCCAUUUUGGUUGUGGGCUGGCGACCAAGCAACCUGGAGACCCUGGGCUGACAUCAUCUGGGCAAAACUACGUAGGUUCCAGGUUCGUGAGGCCGCGUUGCCGCCAUUUCUUAAGAAGACGUCCUCCAGUCCCGAUUCUCUGUGCCUCCAGCAACCAACUUUCAGCCACCCGCGUGGUCCCUGGGGAAGCCUCUGCCUGCUUCCCCGGCCUUACUGACCGCUCCCCGAACCUGGGGCGCCCGGGCCGGGCAGGCGUUCCGAAGCACGUGAGGCCGGGCGGACCGAGGGACAGCGCUGGCCUGUCUCCGGGGCUGGCACUUCCCAUGGCGCCACCUCCGGCCCCCUUCUCCGCACGUGAACCAGAGGGGGCCGUGCGCGAGGGGAGGAGCCGCAAGCCUGUGAGCUUCGCGGACGUGGCCGUGUACUUCUCCCCGGAGGAGUGGGGGUGUCUGCGCCCUGUGCAGAGGGCCUUGUACCGGGACGUGAUGCGGGAGACCUACGGCCACCUGGGCGCGCUCGGAUUCCAAGAAACCAAGCCGGCCCUCAUCUCCUGGAUGGAGGAAGAGGCUGAACUGUGGGGUUCAGAUGCCCGAGAUCCCGAGUUGGGAGAGUGUCUGUCAGAAGACACAGCAGGUUCCAGAAACAAGGAAGAGAAAGGACAAAGAGAAGGCACUGAGGCACUGGAGAAGAUCCUUUCUAUGGACACUUGGCCUCUUGGGCUGAAGGCUCUCAAACCCCUUUCUGCUGGGCUCCCUUACAGUGUGGAGCAAUCAUCCAAGGUGCCUCACCGGGGUCGCCCCCCACUUUUUGCCCAUCCCCCUGUUCCAAGGGCAGAUCAGCGUCAUGGUUGCUAUCUAUGUGGGAAGAGUUUUGCCUGGCGCUCCACAUUGGUGGAGCACCUGUACACCCACACUGGUGAGAAGCCCUUCUCUUGUCCUGACUGUGGCAAGGGCUUCGGCCAAGCCUCCUCUCUGAGCAAGCACCGGGCCAUUCACCGUGGGGAGCGGCCUCACCGCUGCCCUGACUGUGGCCGGGCUUUCACCCAGCGCUCUGCCCUUACCACCCACCUACGGGUCCACACGGGUGAGAAGCCAUACCGCUGUGCUGACUGCGGCCACUGCUUCAGCCAGAGCUCUGCCCUCUACCAGCAUCAGCGGGUCCACAGUGGCGAGACCCCCUUCCCCUGCCCAGACUGUGGCCGUGCCUUUGCCCAUGCCUCAGACCUUCGGCGCCAUGGGCGCACCCAUACAGGCGAGAAGCCCUACCCGUGCCCAGACUGUGGACGCUGCUUCCGACAGAGCUCCGAAAUGGCAGCCCACCGGCGCACCCACAGUGGGGAACGCCCCUACCCCUGUCCUCAGUGUGGCAGGUGCUUUGCCCAGAAGUCAGCCAUGGCCAAACACCAGUGGGUCCAUAGGCCUGGUGCUGGGAGACGCAGGGGUCAGGGUACGAGUGGGUUGCCUGUACCUCUAUCCCCUGGGCGAGGGAACCUAGACCCACCUGUGGGCUUCCAGCACUACCCAGAGAUAUUCCAGGAAUGUGGGUGAUAGCCUCAAAGGUGAAAAGAGAAAGCGUGAGGACCUGAACAUUUCCUGAGGGCCAAGCUGGAAUAGGUAUUCAACUUCUGGGAAGUCCAGGGAGGUCAUAGAAUUCCUUGUAAGAGCUGGACCUGGGGGGUGAGAACCAUCUUAUUUUAGGCCCUCACCAGCUUGAUGUGCUGACACCUCAUUCUUUACUGUCUUAGACUCUAGAAGUCCCCUUUACUGAGUUAGGGCUGGGCUUAGAACCCCCCACUAGGCCUCCACUGUAGGAAGAAAAGGCUGUUUGUCAGCUUCCAUGUGUUAAGAGGAUUGAGGUAGAAGGGAACCUUGUUUUACCCAUUGUUUUUUUUACUGCAGGGGUUAAUAACUGAUGGCCAUGUACUGAAUCUGGCCUAUAGCUAUCUUUUUAUUUAUUUUUUUGGUUGAGUCAGAAUUUUAAAAACUUAUAAAUUACUGGUUAAGCUCUCAUACAAAAAUCCAGGUUUCUGACUUCUCCUGAGAAGUUCAAAAGAUUUGGCAACUCUCCCUAAGCUCCCACAAAACCACAGUUGGUGGGAGCUGGGGGCAGCUGUACCCUUUGCUUAGCAAGCUCACUGCUCCACAUCAGCUCCUGACCAGCAUCAGCUGGCACUUGUGGUCUGACCGUGUCUCUGGCAAAGCAGGCCCUCUCCAUCUGGUAGUUUCUGUUCUUUUUUUUUUUUUUUUUUUUUUAAGAUUUUAUUUAUUUAUUUUUAGAGAGGGAAGAGAGGAAGAUAGAGAGAGAGAGAAACAUCAGUGUGCUGUUGCUGGGGGUUAUGGCCUGCAACCCAGGCAUGUACCCUGGUUGGGAAUCGAACCUGGGACACUUUGGUUCCCAACCCCCGCUCAAUCCACUGAGCUACACCAGCCAGGGCCAGUUUCUGCUCUUUUACAGGACCUUUUGGGCUCCUGUGGUCACUGGAGUUUGCAAACCACUGCAUAUAGCAUUCAAGUUUUCCCAAAUCAGGGAUUCAGGUAGAGAGCAUGUAUGUGAAAGGGUGGCAGGAACAAAGUAAAAGGCUUUAUUUUAGAGCUUGCUUGCAUUGUAUUUUAUUGUUAACAAAGUACUGUCUUCUCCAUAAACUCAUUUCACCCUCAUAACUGCCCGAGGAGGGGAGCGUCUUGCUUGGAAGAGGCAGUCACACGGAAUCUUUUUCCCCAAACCAGUGGCAUCUCUGCUGUAUCACAGCACUGCUUUCAGCUGGCCAGCAGUUCCUGGGUCUAAAGGGGAAGGCCCUGAGAGCACCCUCCAGCCCUCUUUGGGCCUCCCUGGGAGAGCCCUAUGGCUCAGGCCUUAUCUACCCUAGACCCAGUCAGCAGGGCCAGCCUUAUCACAUUCUAGAACUGGAAGGGAUCUAAACUUUUGCAGUUGGGGACACUGAAACUGGGGAAGGCUAAGCAACCUGUCCAAGGUCACACACACGGAUGGUAAGGUCUUGGUUUACUGCUCUCUUUACCACACCAUUCCUGAAUUUCUUGCCAGUGUCUCAGCCAGGAUUCUGGAGGCAUCUGCCAUUCCCUAUGAGGGCACCCAGGUACUGACCAGAACUGGGGACUGACCAGCCCAGGGUCAGUGAAGCCCAGGUGUAGGAUAAGUGACAAAACAGCCACAUGGCAGACCAAGGCAAGGCAGCAACCAACCUGAGAGUUCAGGGCAAAUGAGCAAAGCCUGAUCUUCACUCUCUUCAGGUACCCACCAUUGUGAACUGAGAGGAACUAGCCUAGGAACACUGGGAUUAGUAGCCAGAGGGAACUGUACUCAUCUGUAUUCCCAAGCUCUGUACACAUUCUUUCCCCUCUCACCAUGUGAGUACAUUAUACAGCUAUUAUGAUUUCCUUUGUGGUUAGAACCCAACCUUGUCCAGGUGAUGGAAGCAACCAGCCCUGGGCAGACCCUGUCCUGCCUCUGGUCAGGAUGCCCCUUGACUUGAGGAGUAGCAGAGGAUGUGUCCUCUGCUGGCCUGUGUGCACUUGCCUUCUUUACUGAAUUCAGCCUCUUG